CGGCGGGGCAGGGCGGGGACUGCCUGCCCGCCCGGGUUGCGGAAGUGGUAGCCGCUGACCGAGCCUGCUGCUCUCUCGCUACUGCUUUGGCUUCCCGGCUCCCCCGCGGACGGAGAGGGCGGCCUGGCCGUGGAUGGUCAGAUAGCCUCUACCUCUCGCCGCCCAUCCCUGGCCCCAACCGGCACGGAGCAGACGGCGGCAGCGGCAGCAGCAGGCGAGGAGGAAGAUGGCGGGACGGCUGCCGGCCUGUGUGGUGGACUGUGGCACGGGGUAUACAAAACUAGGAUAUGCUGGAAAUACGGAACCACAGUUUAUCAUCCCUUCCUGUAUUGCUAUUAAGGAGUCAGCAAAAGUGGGUGAUCAAGCUCAAAGGAGAGUGAUGAAAGGUGUUGAUGACCUAGACUUCUUCAUUGGUGAUGAAGCAAUAGAAAAGCCUACAUAUGCAACAAAGUGGCCAAUCCGCCAUGGUAUAGUUGAAGAUUGGGACUUGAUGGAAAGGUUUAUGGAGCAAGUGAUCUUUAAAUAUUUAAGGGCGGAACCUGAAGACCAUUAUUUUCUUUUGACUGAACCUCCACUGAAUACUCCAGAAAACAGGGAAUAUACUGCUGAAAUAAUGUUUGAGUCCUUCAAUGUUCCAGGCUUGUACAUUGCUGUACAGGCUGUUCUUGCCUUAGCUGCAUCGUGGACCUCCAGACAAGUAGGAGAACGGACGUUGACCGGUACGGUAAUAGACAGUGGAGACGGUGUCACUCAUGUCAUCCCUGUGGCUGAAGGGUAUGUGAUUGGCAGCUGUAUUAAGCACAUUCCAAUCGCAGGACGAGAUAUAACAUAUUUUAUUCAGCAAUUGCUGAGAGACCGAGAAGUAGGAAUUCCUCCAGAGCAAUCCUUGGAAACUGCUAAGGCAGUAAAGGAGCGCUAUAGUUAUGUCUGCCCAGAUUUAGUAAAAGAAUUUAACAAGUAUGAUACAGAUGGAUCAAAGUGGAUUAAACAGUAUACUGGAAUCAAUGCUAUCUCAAAGAAAGAAUUUUCCAUUGAUGUUGGAUAUGAGAGAUUCUUGGGACCUGAAAUAUUUUUUCAUCCAGAGUUUGCUAAUCCAGACUUUACUCAGCCUAUCUCAGAAGUUGUAGAUGAAGUAAUUCAGAAUUGUCCUAUUGAUGUCAGACGUCUUCUCUACAAGAAUAUUGUCCUCUCUGGAGGUUCAACCAUGUUCAGGGACUUUGGACGUCGCUUGCAAAGCGAUUUGAAAAGAACUGUAGAUGCCAGGCUGAAAUUAAGUGAGGAAUUGAGUGGUGGUAGAUUGACGCCAAAACCUAUUGACGUACAAGUCAUUACACACCACAGGCAGCGAUAUGCAGUUUGGUUUGGAGGAUCCGUGCUGGCUUCCACACCUGAGUUCUACCAAGUAUGCCACACCAAAAAGGAUUAUGAAGAAAUUGGACCUAGCGUUUGUCGUCACAAUCCAGUGUUUGGAGUCAUGUCGUAAAAUUGGCUUCACAGUUAUUGGGGUUAGGGAGGUGGGGAAGAAAUAAUC